AUGUCUGUCGCUUGGAAUGUUCAAAAUGGAGAGCUUGAAGUGGUCAAAGAAUUGGUGAAUGCUGACAAUUUGAACGAGGUCUACAACGGAAGAACUGCCAUUCAAAUCGCUUCGGAUUAUGGGCAUGUUAACAUUGUCGAAUUUUUGAUUGGAAUGGGAGCCAACAUCAAUGUGAGUUAUUUUUUGGGAAGUUUUUAUAAAUGAAACCAAGAAAAUCGGCUCAGGUCCAAUUUUUUUAAAAGAAAAUUUCUGAAUUCGACCCUAAACCUCGGAUCAUUUGUUGCAAAUGUCGAUUUUUCGGUGCCCAAAUCGGAAUAUUCUUUAAAAAAAUAGUUCCAGUUUCUCAAAAUUCGCCAGGGCGUGUUUUUGUUUUCAAAAUAGCAACAUAAACAACGAAUCGCCUGUCCAACAUACAAAAAUAUCAAAUUUCAAGUGUUUUCAUGAACUUUGUUCUCGCCUCCUCUAUGUAUUUUCAAUGUCAUAUUUAUUCCUUUACUGAAAAAAAACAUGAAUUGUGCCCUGAAAACGACACUUGUAAAAAAUGAGAACCCUAGAAUUAAUUUUGUUGGAUGGAUGCGUGCGGAAAUGAGUGCGCUGGAUAAAAUAUGUAAAAUAAUUUUGGCUCGGUGGAAUAGGAAUGGAAUGAAUCUGAAAGGUCCUUUGAGUCCAGAAUUACACUGGGAAUUUUUGCAUCAAAAUAUCUUAUGAUUAAAUCAAUUGAAAUCAGCUCCCCACAUCUGAAAACAAAAAAUUUCAGGAUGUCGAUAGAUAUGGAAUCACUCCACUUCUCUCUGCUGUUUGGGAAGGACACGUCGCUGUUGUCAAGCUUCUUCUUGCUCAUGUUAGUUUUUUCUGGGGUAGAUCAAAAACAUUUCCUAGUAGAUCAAAUAUAUUUUGCUCUCAAUAACCUGAAAUUAGUCGAUUUCAGUCCGAUCCUUAAAAUUCAGGCAUAAAAUUUUAAACAAUCAUUAUGUUUUAGGGAGCAAAUCGCAACGUCAAAGCUCCAGAUGGAACUCCACUUGCUGAAUGCACCGAAGAGCAAGAAAUCAAAGAUCUUUUGGCUAGUCCAUAA